AUGCUGGAAAUGACGGAAGAGUGGCUGAAAGCCCAUUGCAAGAAACAUGGCAUGUAUUCCACACCGUCUCUCAACGACAAAAUCUUCUUGCACUUCCAGGGCUUCGGCCGUAUUCAGCAUCUGGAGGAGUACACCGGCCUGCGGUCUAUUUUCCUGGAGGGGAACGGGCUCGAAGACCUCUUCGGGCUCGAGCGUUGCAAAAAUCUGCGUUGUUUAUACGCGCAGCAGAAUAUGAUAUUCGCCAUCCCGCGUACUCUCCCCACUUCACUAUCCACUUUAAACGUAUCCAAUAACAACGUCCGCAAGCUGGAAAAUCUCGGUCGGCUACCUGUACUACAGACACUCCAGGCAUCACAUUGCAAGCUGCAUGACCUGGGUUCCAUUCGAGAGUUGACAAAGUGUAAAAUGCUUUCGUGUGUUGAUCUUCAACAAAAUAUGAUCGAUGGUAGUCCAGAAGAUAUGGUGAGACUGUUUUCCUCUAUGCAGUCUUUGGCAUGCCUCUACAUGCAGGGGAACCCAGUGGUUUCAUCUAUGCACCAAUAUCGUAAGCGAAUGAUCGCUGCGAUUCCAACCCUGACAUAUCUCGACGACCGCCCCGUAUUCAGUCUUGAGCGCACGUGUGCCGAGGCAUGGGCUAUCGGUGGGUUGACUGCAGAGAGGACAGCACGCGAGCUACAUAAAGACAUUGCAGAUGCCAAUUCCAGACGCCACGUUGAGUUCAUGACGAAUCUUAGGAAGAAUACUAAAAUGCGGCUGAAGUCACUAGAAGAGCAGAGUGUCGGAAAUGAUAUCGCGGUGUGUACACAGAGUGACAAGAUUGACAUGGACCACGCGUGGCACUCGGAGCCAGAGCCAUCACAACUAAUCGCGGCUCGAACCAAGCUAAAAAAAUAUAGUGUGAAGGAAGGCCAAAUCAGGUGCAUUGCAAGAGGGAAAAAUAGCUAAAAUAUGGUAGAAUCAAUGCCAUCACGGUUGUCUACGCAGACGUGAAUGAAUAGCUUCAGGGUCAAGGCAAAAUGUCCCAUGAACUUUGCAGGCAUUUGCUGCAUUGAGGAUGACAUAAAGCAGGGUCAUUUCGCUAAGUAUAAUUGAGUAGUAUAAUCCAGUAGUCCAACACGCGUUCUGGCGGUCUAUCGCUGUAGGCUCGCCAAAAAAUACAAGCGUGAUUGAUGUUACCCGUCAAAGAGUGCACGUACCUCGUGGGCACCCACGGCAGACCUAAAUGACUCUAGGGCUUGUAUCUUCGCACUCAAGUCUCAUCACGAGAACUGGCGUUUUACACUCACUCCUAUGCACUUCGCACUGUGCUCACGAACCCUGCAGCCCAUCAGAGCUUGUCGAUAAUGUGCUCGACAACUAGUCUGCGUGUGUCUGCUGGGCUAGUCACGGUGUGACCAAUCGUCUUGGGACUCACAAAAAUCUCAUGAUCA